AUGGUCACAGAAAACGUAAACCCUCGAUAUCUGCCACCCUCGGCUGAUUUCGACCUUUCCGGCCGGCGCAGAGUCCCUCCCCCACGACUGGAGCCAUUGGCAAUCGAUUCAAGAACCGCACAUUCUGGCCCUAGACCCUCGCCUCGUACUCAUUCCCCGCUGCACCAUCGCCCGCGCUCUCCCCUCCCGCGGGCUCACAAUCCCCAUGACUACCCGUGGCCUCCCACUCCACCGCACCAGGGUCCCCCACAGGCCGCGAGGGGCGACUGGAACCCCCGAGAUCUGCCGGUCGCCAUCCACUAUACGCCCCACAACCUGACAACCAUCCACCGAACUGGGCCGCGCGAAAUGGUGAAUCUGAACGGCCGGCUCAUCGGAAGGCUCUGCCCGCUCGAGGAAUCCAUGGAGCAUCGCUCACAGGAACAAAACCACCAAGGACUGCCUUUUCCGCGCUAUCCGAUCAAUGGUACCCAUGGUACCGGCGAUGAUAAUGUUGUCCGAUCAAGCGUCAAUUCAUCCGAGACCGGGCGCUCUAGCAUCGAGCAAACUAGCGGAACAGAGCGCAGCAGUGUCUUGACAAAGAGUAGUUCAAUUACCGAUCUAUCGCCUGAUACCCCUGACGCGCCUUUUGGGUUGGACAAUGGUAUGAGUGUAGACGAUGCGAUCUCUAUGUAUCUCGAUGGCUUCAGCGACGUGACCGAAGAGCCUGGCUCGCCCAAAUCUCACUCGGGGAGCAAAGCACCAUCAAUCACACCUCCGCCCUCACGCGAUGCCAACCUAGAUGAAGUGCACGCGCUGGACUUCCCGUCGUUGAACGACGUUUCUUCAAUACCCCCCUCAUCAGAAUCUACCACGCAGAAAGACAAACGGCUAGAUUCGCUGUUCCUUCCUAACUACACUUAUUCCGAAUCCGCACCGAUAGCAUCUAUUCUCCCAGAUUCUCCGCCAGAUUCUACUCCAUUGGAAUCUGGAGCGUCGGAAUCUCCACCAGAGCAUGAACCGUCAAACCCUUUGACAGAUUCUGCACCACUUGACCUCACCCCGUCAGUAUCACCGGAAGCUGAAGCUGAGGCGGAACCGGAAGCGCCCAAUGUGCAUACUACCCCCCAACGACAGCCCACGAAAAAAGUAUUUCUUCCCGGAUUAGUACCUCCGCCACUGCUUCCUGGAAAUGGUCUGCGAGACGAUUAUGGAUUCCGCAAAGCGACACAAUAUGUGACCUUGGAUGAUUAUGAGGCCUGGAAGGGAUCUUACUCCCACCACGUGGUGCAACGCAGAGCCAAAUGGUGUGAAAUGCUCAAGGAACACGGGUUACCCACUUCAGAGCCCACCCAUUUUCCACCGCAGUCUUCGAAGGUCAAGCGAUUUGUUCGCAAAGGAAUUCCUCCAGAGUUCCGAGGUGCGGCCUGGUUCUAUUAUGCCGGCGGGUACGAGCUUUUGAACCGGAAUCUUGGCCAGUAUGAUCAACUUGUGGCGAGCGCUAUGAAAUCGCCGAGUAAUGAUGACAAGGAGCACAUUGAACGUGAUCUCCACCGCACCUUCCCCGACAAUAUCCAUUUCAAACCAGAAGGAGCUGCGAAAACACAGCAUUCGGGAAGCAGCAACCCAACUUACUGUAAUAUCACUACAGAGACGCAGAUGAUUCAGUCUUUACGUCGGGUUUUGUAUGCGUAUGCGCUGCAUAACCCAAAAAUCGGAUACACACAGUCUCUGAAUUUCAUUACUGGAAUGCUUCUCCUGUUCCUACCCGAGGAAAAGGCAUUUUGGAUGUUGCACAUUAUCGCAGCAGACUACUUGCCAGGAACCCAUGAGAUCAGCUUAGAGGGUGCAAACAUCGACCUCUGGAUUCUCAUGGUCCUGCUCAGGGACACCAUGCCAGGCAUCUAUUCUAAGAUUGCGUGCAUGGGAGGAACUCCAGCUGGACGAGGCAAAAUGCCUCCCUUGACUGUGAACUCGCGGUUGCCGGAUAUCACUCUGGGCCUGACCAACUGGCUUAUGUCGGUUUUCAUCGGAACUCUACCUCUAGAAACAACCCUGCGAGUCUGGGAUGUAUUUUUCUAUGAGGGCUCAAAGACGUUCUUCCGCGUCUCUUUGGCAAUCUUCAAAGCAUGCGAAAAGGAUAUUCUCGGCGUGACCGACCCCAUGGAGGCAUUCCAAAUCGUCCAAACCGUCCCCAAGAAACUAUUAGAUGCCAACACGUUAAUGGAUGAAUGUUUCGUCCGUCGACACCGGGUCGGUCAAGGACGUAUCGAAGAGCUCCGAGCUCAACGCCGGACGGCUGUCCGCGAAGAAAAGCUGCGACGAUCAGUGGCCUUCAGCAAAGGCCAGCUCCAUUCUGGGACGGACGAUUUCACCGGCCGAGCCCGUACACCAGUUCCGGGCAUCGAGCACCGGGUCGUCGGGGGCUGGCGUAACUUGAAACAACAUGCAUUCCGAUAA